AAAAUUUAGGGUUAUCAGGGGGGAGGGCAAACGUUUUAACUUACUAAAUGUAAACAUUUAUUAAUUAUGUAAACUAAAAUUUUAUAAACACUGAUAGUUGGCACGAUACAGUGAUUGCGCGACGCUUGCUGAUAGACAAGAUAUAUUUCAGUUUAAAUACACUUUUUUUUGAAACGAUUUCGCCUGAGUAUUCAACUCUAAAUUAAAUUAAAAAAAAAACAACUGAAGAGGAGAACAAGAAAAACCUCAAAUAUAAUAGCGUCACCAAAAUGUUUCGACCGACUCUGUUCCGCGGUCUAAGUGCGGAAUCGGCUGAUUCCACGGCCUACCAUCUCGACAGGAGCCGACGGGCCUCCCUCAGCGCCGAACAGCGGAGGAAGCUGAGCAUGCUUCGAACAUCCAGCAUCCCCACACCGCUGAGCCCGGUGAGCCACAUUUACCAUAUGGUACACUGCCCAAGAAAAUGCUGUAAUCAGAAAUAUGUUGUCAGUACGGAUCGGAGCGGAGAUAUUCAUGUUCACGUUCAGGGAAUUAUUCCAGCUCAUAGUCCAGGUGACUUGAGCCAGCAAGAUAAAAGAUGUGUUUUCCUCACAGUUCAUGACCUUGGGACGAAUCAUACAUCAAUGGUUGACUUCGUGAAUUGUCCAGCUAUGACUGAAAUAAAGGAGCGAUCGUGUUUUAUUCACGUUGAUGUUCCGGGGCAUGAAGAAAACUCACCAGACCUACCUGAAUCGUACCCGUUCCCGUCACUGCAGACAUUAGGCGAGGACAUGGUCACGGUUCUGGACUUCCUUCAAGUGCGUUAUGCCGUCGGCCUUGGUGAAGGUGCAGGGGCCAAUAUCCUGGCUCGCUGUGGUCAAGCUCAUCCUAGACGGCUUCUAGGUCUGAUUCUGGUCAACUGCACGGGCUCAACGUCCUCUGUGGCUGACGCGUUCCGUUCGCGGUUCUCACGCUGGCGCGGCACCGACAUAUCUCAGUCUGAGGAAGAUUUCCUCAUCUAUCAUAAGUUCGGACACGUGAGUUAUAUCCCACCAGAGAUCCCUCAUUAUCGCUAUCAGCAAAUUUCAAGCGAUGCCUGUGAGGCGGCCGAAAGGGAGAGAAUGCUUGCAGAAUAUAGAUCUCGAUUGCGAGGGAAUCUCAAUACACACAACAUCAAGCAGUAUGUGCGAGCCUUUAUACACCGCAAAGACCUGAUACUUCGAGGUUGUAGACCUGACAUCCUCCUCAUAACCGGUAUGCUGAGUCCAUACAUGAGCGUUGUGGAAAAAAUGUACAAGGAAUUGGACAAAGAUAAAGUGACGAUUCUGAAGAUCGAGAAAGUUGGUGAUGUUCUCGCUGAAGCUCCAGCCAAGGUUGCGCAGUCCCUGCUCCUCUUCUGUCAAGGCCAGGGACUACUGACAUCCCUGCCCCCACCUGGAGUAGAACGGCGGAUGUCUCGCGCCAUGUCUAUGGAGGAGUAUGAUAAGCCAAACAUUAGGCGCUUGUCGCUCACACCGAAUAUGUCAGAGUCUCCACCGCCACGCAAAGUGUAAGAUUACUAUACGAGAGAUGGGAUAGCUUGGGUUUGGCAAAGUUUAGAAAAAACGUAAAAAAAUUCACGUUUCUAUGAAAAUUCUUAGGUUCGAACACUAAGUCGAUUUUUCAUACAAAUUUGAGAAAUCAUAACGUUAUGUUUAUGUACGUUUUGUUAAAUAUAUGGAGCUACAGAGGGUGAACUACGACAAUUUUGAAUGUUCCUAUAGUUUCCAUACAAUACGUUUAGUUUGCUAUUAAAUUGGAACGAUGUGCUUCCAUUUACAGCUAGCACACAAUAGGCUUUCAGCUCGCGCUUCAAUGAGUCUACGAAAGCUAUUCUGAGCCAAGGCCGUUCUAGUAGCUGUAAAUCAUUGUGUCCGUAAAAAAAUCGAAUGUUU